AGCUGCGGGCGGCUCCAGCUGCCCCCAGAUGUGGGCUGGGCGGCGCGCGGGGAACUUUCGCGCCGGCUGUGAGUGCGGGGCCCUGGCUGCGGUCCGGCUGCCAUGGAUCCGCCGGCGGGAGCCGCUCGCCGCCUGCUCUGCCCCGCGCUGCUGCUGCUGCUGCUGCUUCUCCUGCUGCUGCCGCCGCCGCCCGCAAACGCCGGACUCGCCGCUGCCGCCGACCCCCCAGGUGGGCCCCUGGGGCACGGAGCGGAGCGCUUCCUGGCGGUGCCGGUGCGCACUGACGCCCAGGGACGCUUGGUGUCCCACGUGGUGUCGGCGGCGACGACCGGAGCGGGGGUACGAGCUCGCAGGGCCGCCCCUGUCCAAACCUCKGGCUUCCCAGGUGGCAGUGAGGAAGACCCUAGCGACCGCUUGUUCUACAAUGUCACGGUCUUUGGCCGAGACCUGCACCUGCGACUUCGGCCCAAUGCCCGCCUGGUGGCUCCCGGGGCUACUGUGGAGUGGCAGGGUGAGACGGGUGCAACCCGAGUGGAACCCCUGCUUGGGACCUGCCUGUACGUUGGCGACGUGGCCGGCUUAGCUAAAGCCUCCUCAGUGGCGCUCAGUAACUGCGAUGGACUGGCUGGUUUAAUCCGGACGGAGGAGGAGGAGUUCUUCAUUGAGCCUCUGGAGAAAGGGCUGGUGGCGCAGGAGGCUGAGCAUGGCAGAGUGCACGUGGUAUAUCGCCGACCGCCCACCCCCAAAACCCCUCUUCUGGAGGGUCCACAGGCCUUGGACACAGGRGCCUCCCUGGGCAACUUGGAUAGCCUCAGCCAAGCGCUGGGAGUCUUGGAGGAGCAGGUCAACAGCUCCAGGAGGAGGGCACGAAGACACGCUGCCGAUGACGACUACAACAUUGAAGUCCUGCUGGGUGUGGACGACUCUGUGGUUCAAUUCCACGGGAAGGAGCACGUGCAGAAGUACCUGCUGACGCUCAUGAACAUCGUCAACGAAAUCUAUCAUGACGAGUCCCUGGGGGCCCACAUCAAUGUUGUCCUGGUACGGAUUAUUCUGCUGAGCUAUGGGAAGUCCAUGAGCCUCAUUGAGAUUGGGAACCCCUCUCAGAGUCUGGAGAACGUCUGCCGCUGGGCAUACCUGCAGCAGAAGCCAGACACAGGCCAUGAUGAGUAUCACGAUCACGCCAUCUUCCUCACUCGGCAGGACUUUGGACCAUCAGGCAUGCAAGGCUAUGCUCCUGUCACCGGGAUGUGCCACCCCGUCCGCAGCUGUACCCUGAACCAUGAGGACGGCUUCUCCUCAGCAUUUGUGGUGGCCCAUGAGACUGGCCACGUGCUGGGCAUGGAACACGAUGGUCAGGGCAACCGCUGUGGCGACGAGGUGCGACUGGGUAGCAUCAUGGCGCCCCUGGUGCAGGCUGCCUUCCACCGCUUCCACUGGUCCCGCUGCAGCCAGCAGGAGCUCAGCCGCUACCUGCACUCCUAUGACUGCCUGCGUGAUGACCCCUUCGCCCAUGACUGGCCAGCCCUGCCCCAGCUCCCAGGGCUGCAUUAUUCCAUGAACGAGCAGUGCCGCUUUGACUUCGGCCUGGGCUACAUGAUGUGCACCGCGUUCCGCACCUUCGAUCCCUGCAAACAGCUUUGGUGCAGCCACCCUGACAAUCCCUAUUUUUGCAAGACCAAGAAGGGACCCCCUCUGGAUGGGACUAUGUGUGCACCUGGCAAGCAUUGCUUUAAAGGACAUUGCAUCUGGCUGACACCUGACAUCCUCAAACGGGACGGCAACUGGGGUGCCUGGACUCCAUUCGGCUCCUGCUCUCGCACCUGUGGCACCGGUGUGAGGUUCAGGACUCGCCAGUGUGACAACCCACACCCAGCCAAUGGGGGACGUACCUGCUCUGGCCUAGCCUAUGACUUCCAGCUCUGCGGCACCCAAGACUGCCCUGACUCCCUGGCUGACUUCCGGGAGGAGCAGUGCCGGCAGUGGGACCUGUACUUUGAGCACGGAGACGGCCAGCACCACUGGCUGCCCCACGAACACCGGGAUGCCAAGGAGAGAUGCAACCUCUACUGUGAGUCCAAGGAGACUGGGGAGGUGGUGUCCAUGAAACGCAUGGUGCACGACGGGACACGCUGCUCCUACAAGGAUGCCUUCAGCCUCUGUGUGCGUGGGGACUGCAAGAAGGUGGGCUGUGAUGGGGUGAUCGGCUCCAGCAAACAAGAGGACAAGUGUGGCGUGUGUGGAGGUGACAACACUCACUGCAAAGUGGUCAAGGGUACUUUUACUCGCUCACCCAAAAAGCAAGGUUACAUCAAGAUGUUUGAGAUCCCUCCUGGGGCCAGGCACCUACUCAUCCAAGAGGCAGAUGGCGCUGAGCACCAUCUGGCCGUCAAGAAUGUGGAAACCGGCAAGUUCAUCUUAAAUGAAGAGAACCACCUGGACCCCAAUUCCAGAUCCUUCAUUGCCAUGGGCGUGGAGUGGGAGUACAGGGACGAGGAUGACAGGGAGACGCUGCAGACCAUGGGCCCCCUCCACGGGACCAUCGCUGUGCUGGUUAUCCCAGAGGGAGAUGCCCGGAUCUCACUGACAUACAAAUACAUGAUCCAUGAAGACUCACUCAACGUUGAUGACAACAAUGUCCUUGAAGAUGACUCCGUGAGCCAUGAGUGGGCCCUGAAGAAGUGGUCUCCCUGCUCCAAGCCCUGUGGCGGAGGGUCCCAGUUCACCAAGUAUGGCUGCCGCAGGAAGCUGGACCACAAAAUGGUGCACCGUGCCUUCUGCAACGCCCUGGCGAAGCCCAAAGCCAUCCGCCGGACUUGCAACCCACAGGAGUGCUCCCAGCCUGUGUGGGUCACAGGAGAGUGGGAGCCUUGCAGUCACAGCUGUGGGCGCACGGGCAUGCAGGUGCGCUCUGUGCGCUGCGUCCAGCCACUUCAUGACAAUACCACCCGCUCCGUGCACACCAAGCACUGCAAUGACAACCGGCCAGAGAGCCGUCGGGCCUGCAGUCGUGAGCUCUGCCCUGGUCGGUGGCGGGCUGGGCCUUGGUCCCAGUGCUCAGUGACCUGUGGCAAUGGCACCCAGGAGCGGCCAGUGCUCUGCCGAACUGUGGAUGACAGCUUUGGUAUCUGCCUGGAGGAGCGGCCUGAGACAGCAAGGAUAUGCAGGCUUGGCCCCUGUCCUCGGAACAUCUCUGAUCCCUCCAAGAAGAGCUAUGUGGUUCAGUGGCUGUCCCGCCCAGACCCCGACUCACCCACCCAGAAGAUCUCGUCAAAGGGCCACUGCCAAGGCGACAAGUCAAUGUUCUGUAGGAUGGAAGUCUUGUCUCGCUAUUGUUCCAUCCCAGGCUACAACAAACUCUGCUGCAAGUCCUGCAACCUAAGGGACAACCUCACUGACUCGGAUGCUGGGGCAGAGCCGCCGCCUGGGAAGCACAACGACAUCGAUGUGUUCAUGCCUACCCUCCCGGGGCCCACCCUAGCCACAGAGGUGCAGCCGUCACCAGGGACCCCCUUGAGUGUUCCUCUCAAUGUCUCCAGCACGAAUGCCACUGAGGAUCACCCAGAAACRAAUGCCGUAGAUAUACCCUACAAAAUCCACGGCCUGGAUGAAGAAGUCCAGCCCCCCAACCUCAUCCCUCGACGACCGAUCCCAUAUGAAAGGACCAGGAACCAAAGAAUUCAGCAGCUCAUUGACGCAAUACGGAAGAAAGGGACACUCGGGAAGUUCUAAUAAAAUGRAAAGAUAGCAUCAGUAGCAUUUUUUUUCCUUGCUUAUAGAGAUAUUCCAUGGGACAACACAUCCUGUGUUUUGGAAAUAAAUGAAGCCCAAACCCCUGAUUCCAAAAGGUUUUGAGAAAACCAAGAAGGGGAAUGAUAUAAAAAUUACCUAUAUACAGGUGUGAUCCUGAAGCAACGAGGUUAGCAUGUGUUUUUGCCAGCCUAGGAAUGACCUAAAUCUUACAGUAGUGUGAGUGUGGCGUGGACAGGAAGUUAGAGAUUCUCCAGCUUUCAUCAGUAAGGGGAGGCCAAGAGAGGGAUAAUUCAAAGUCAAAAAAACUUUUCCCCAAGUCUCUGAGCAGCAGUUCACCAUCAACCUUUUCUUGGUGGAGACAGGACAUUUCCUAUCAAACCCGAGACCAAGAGGCCCCAUGGGGACUGGAGGAGAAAUGGUGGUAUAUUUAAUAACUGACCAGUUGCCCAGAUGAGUACAGAAGUGGAGGUCAUGAACUCAAAUGCCCUCAAGGGCCAGGCAGGUGACAAGGAUGAGUGUCGUGGCCAGUUGGGGACUGACUGUCACCUUGGUGCUGCCGCUGUGAAAUCUGUGUCUCUUUUCCACAAGCUCUUGUCUUGCCAGAUAGUGUGUUAUUUCAGAAGUCUAAAUUUUCGUGGAAAACCUCUCAAUCUUUAAAUGGUCUGGGAGUCUCUUAGGUUCUAGAUGCAACAGGUUAUAACACCUGUUCUCCAGUCUUGGCCUGAUCCAGUUUUGAUAAUUAACUAAGGACUUAGGAAAAGUCAUUUGAUCCAUUUGGUGCUCAUAUCUCAGUUGGCCUGUGCAGCUGUCUAGUUCUUUGUGGAAAAGUUAAGGGGAAUUUGAUAACUGGGAGCCAUGAGACRAAGACAUUGGGAAAGUCUCUCCUCUCCACUAGGCCUGGCCUUACUUCUUUCCUGCCUCUAGGGAAGGAGUCCUUGUGUUCUUCUGGCCAGCCUGGCCUCAGUCCCCAGAGCCUUCCARGGAGCCUCUGUCCCUCCCAAAGAGUAUUAGAAGGUUAGGGCAGCACAUGCUUUGCUGGGUCAGUCCAGUGAGUGGUCUUGGCCCUGAAUCUCCCAAGAAUGCUGAAAUGCUACCACCAGGGUGGUAAGGCGUUGGGCUUUGAGGCGCAGGAUUACUCCUGAAGACCAGCUUAGCUCUGGAGGGUGGGCUUUCCCUCAUUAGCCCUGCCUCCUCCCCACCUCCAUAUCUUAGAAGUUCCAGAACCCA